AUGGAUUAAUCUUAAGCUUAACAUAUUUGGAAGAUGUUAGAUGAUAUGGCUACAUCUGAUCCAUAGGCUUAUAAAUAAUUUGUUGAAAAAAACAUUAAAGAAGGAAUGCAAGAAAUGAAAAUUGAAAAACAAUAAAAAAUAGAAGAAUUAUCUAUUAUACCAUAAUUUGCUUAUUCUAUGAAAAUAUGGGGUAAUCUACUUAAAUAAUCAAUCAAUGAAUUAGAAAGCAAACUAUUAUUAAAAUAAAAUGAACUUAAAUAAGAAAAUUUUCAAUUUGAUAAAUUAGAAAAAAGAAUUAAAUUUUAUAUUAAUCUUUUACAUCAUGAAAGAGUAUUAGGAGCAUUUGAUAAAAAUGAUAAUCCAACAGAUAAUCCAUCAUAAUAUAAUUUAAUACCUCUUUCUAUUUCUGAUGUAUAAAUUGGUAAAUCAACUUCAUUUAAUACAAAUGUUUAUUAUUAUGAUAUUGUUAUUAAUACAGAUGUUUUUAAGAAAGUAUUUAUAUAUAUUAAAUAUUAUAUUAGAUAAAUCGAUAAAUUUUAUAAUCAAUAAUUAUUGAUACAUUAUAAAAAAGAAUAGAAUUAGAUAAAAAUCCUAUUAAAUUUGUAUACUUUAAAGCAUUCUAUAAAUUUGAAAUUCCCUCUCUUAAAAUUAUUAAUAAAUAAUAUAAAUAUUGUGGAUCUAAAAAACAACUUAAAAUACUUUUAGAGCCUUAAGCAGAUAAAGAAGGAAGAAGAACUCCUUAAGUUUAAAAUCCAAUUGAAAAUAUAUAAUAAAAUCUAAGUUUCACUAGAUAAAAUGAUUCAUUUAAUGAUUUAAUAAUAAAUAAUCAAAAUUAAAAUUAGAAAAAAGUACCUAACAAAGUUUUAAUUGAAGAAAUUGAUACUAAAAAUGAUAUAGAAAAAUAUACAAUUGUUCAUGAAAAAGAUAAAAUAAUAAUAACUAUAAAUGUUAAUGUAGAAAGUUUUUAAGAUAUUGAUCUUAAUAUUUCAAGUUAAGGAUUGAAAUUAACAACUGUUAUGGAUGAAAAGAUAGAAUUAGAUUUUGGAUGUUAAGUAGAUAAUGAACAUCCUUCAGCUAAAUGGAAUAAAAAAUAGAAAUAAUUGAAAAUAGUUGUAAAUAAAUUAUUAUGA